ACGAAGUAGCUUCUUCAUCUACAAAACCUGGCCGGAAAAUCCACUAUUACAUUUUCUUCAUUACCCAAAUCUCUCUCUCUCUCUCUCUCUCUCCCCACAUAAAUAUUCAACACCAUGAGCAGCUUCACUAAUCCAAUAGCUCUUUUUCAUACCAAGAUCACCACCUCCCAAUAUAAUCAUCACCCCCACCGGCCACUCCCAACAACCAAAGCAUCAUUUUCCGGAGAGGAAAUUCAGACCAACCGGCGAAAUAUCCUCACAACCUUUCUAGCCACUUCAGUGGCGCUUGGACUACAUGCCACCACAACCCCACUAGCACUAGCUCAGAACUGGGGUGUACGUUCACUCAUCAGAGAGCGUUUCUUCGAACCACAAUUGUCGCCGGAAGAUUCAGUGGCGAGGAUUCGCCAGACUGCCGAGGGACUACAUAGCAUUCGUGACAUGCUGGAGAACUUGUCCUGGAAAUAUGUCUUGUUUUACAUUCGCCUGAAGUCGACUUAUCUCUCUCAGGACAUGAAAAACGCAAUGCCGAUGGUGCCGGAGAGCCGGCGAAAGUCAUAUGUCAAAGCUGCCAAUGAAUUGGUCGAUAACAUGGCCGAGUUUGAUUAUUAUGUCCGAACACCCAAGAUAUAUGAAUCCUAUGUAUACUAUGAGAAGACAUUGAAAUCAAUAGAUGAUCUUGUGGCAUUGCUAGCAUAGUUCGAGGAAUUAGAUGAUCGAUGUGACUACAUAUUUCUUUGAUUGCUCCGAUGGACCAUGGCAGCCUUCCGAUGGAUUGGAUUGGGUUCUUCGCUCAGAUACAAGUUGGUCGAGAAAUUCAUAAUCUUGGAGUUUUAGAUUAUGGGAUCUAUAGUUCAUUUGAUUUAAGAUGUACACUAAGCUCUUGUAGCAUAAUUACAAGUUGUAAUGAAGUUCCAAGCAAAUCUAAGCAACAAUCACUUGUAGCCUGUGUACCUUCUUUCCAACUAUUACAUAUGAAUCAGAACACCAAAGCUUCAUACAUUUUGUCAGAUACAUUUCCUCAUGCUGAAGAGAACUGAAUACAGGGUAUC